AUGAUCAAGUUCAAUGGCUCAGUCUUCAUGCCUUCUGUGCUAACACUAGUGGGGAUCCCUGGCCUGGAGUCAGUGCAAUGCUGGAUUGGCAUUCCAUUCUGUGUCAUGUACAUCAUUGCUUUGAUUGGGAACUCCCUAAUUUUAGUUAUAAUUAAAAGUGAGAAGAGCCUCCACAUACCCAUGUAUAUUUUCUUGGCCAUUUUGGCAGUCACAGACAUUGCCCUUAGCACAUGCAUUCUUCCCAAAAUGUUGGGCAUCUUCUGGUUUCACAUGCCACGGAUUUCCUUUGAUGCUUGCCUGCUGCAGAUGGAACUCAUUCACUCAUUCCAGGCCACAGAAUCAGGCAUCCUCCUGGCCAUGGCUCUGGAUCGUUAUGUGGCCAUCUGCAACCCCCUGAGACAUGCUACUAUCUUCUCUCCACAGCUCAUGACUUGCCUUGGAGCUGGUGUCCUACUCAGGUCUCUCAUCCUCACAUUCCCAAUGAUAUUGCUCAUCAAAUGUCGCCUUAAGUACUACAGAACUACUGUUGUCUCCCACUCUUACUGUGAACACAUGGCCAUUGUGAAAUUGGCAGCUCAAGAUAUCAGGAUCAACAAGAUAUGUGGUCUCCUUGUUGCCUUUGCCAUCUUAGGGUUUGACAUAGUCUUCAUUACCUUCUCCUAUGUGCGAAUCUUCAUCACCGUCUUCCAGCUGCCCCAGAAGGAGGCUCGACUCAAAGCCUUCAAUACCUGCAUUGCUCACAUCUGUGUCUUCCUACAGUUCUACCUUCUGGGAUUCUUCUCUUUCUUCACACACAGGUUUGGAGCUCACAUACCCCCCUAUGUGCACAUCCUUUUGUCAGAUCUUUACCUGUUAGUCCCACCUUUUCUGAAUCCCAUUGUCUAUGGUGUUAAAACUAAACAAAUCCGUGACCAAGUCCUGAAAAUGCUUUUCUCCAAGAAACCUCUGUGA